AUGACGUUGGAGGACACCUUAGUAAGAGAGUCGGGAAUAGACAUCGUACGACACGCCAUAGUGUCAGAGUACAGGAUACAAGUCUUGGUGUCUGAUAUUUUAAAUAUUCCCAGGGAAAUUCUUAGAUGGGACAAAGAUGCAAGGUGCAGAUAUGUAGAAUGUGCAAAGAAAGGAACACAAACGAUCCACAGGGCUCGUGCUAUGAUUGUUGGCUGUGCUGGUGCGGGAAAAACUACUCUUCUGAAACGACUACAGAAGCGAUCUCUUCAUGAAUUACAACAGGUUCAAAGUACGAUAGGCCUAGAAGUACAUGAGGAAGUCUUUGAGAUUGCGGAGGAUAAAGCAGAUUUGAGAUCUUUUACAGACAAUUCAAAUAAAGAAGGGAAGGCACUUUUGAGUGUUAUGGAUUUUGGAGGACAGUGUGCUUACUACGCCUGUCAUCAGGUUUAUCUCAGCAGAAGGGCUUUCUAUCUACUAGUGAUAGAUAUGUCAAAGUCGUUUAAUGAAAGGAUUGACAGAAAAUUUUGUGACCAGGAGGAAACUAUGUUUGCUGAUUGGACUUAUGGAGAAUAUAUCUUGUUUUGGAUGAAAUCUGUCCACAUGUACUGUGAUGAAACUGCACCGGUAAUUCUUGUUGGGACUCAUCUUGACAAAUCUACGGGACAGACCACCGACACAUUCUACAAUAGCAUUUUAGAGCAUUUACGGUUCGAUAAGAACCUUAAGAAACACUUGGACAGAAAAAGAUGCUUCCUUGUAGGAUUACACAGCAUUAAUGAUCCUUCUUUCAAUGAUCUCUCUGACUUGAUGUUUUGCAUCGCUUCAAUUGCAAAAGAGGAUCGAUGGAAGGAAACAAUACCAGCUGACUGGGCACUGGGUGAAUCCACCCUCAGGUACCUCAGAGGACAAAACCGCCGAAUUAUUUCGAAGGCAGAAUUUCAGAAGGAAUGCUUUGGUACUAUCAUAGAAAAAUAUGAACAAGUUCCGGAUAUCUUAAAACUUUUCCAUGAAAUCGGAGUAAUUUUGAAUUUUAGAGAAGGUGUUCUUUCUGAAACUGUUAUUAUUGACAUUCAGUGGUUUGUCGAUGCAUUCAAAAAUAUCAUAACGGAUUUAAACAACGUCAUGGAUAAUGUGAAAAACGAAGAAGAUUGGCAAAAUUUUUACCAAAAUGGAUAUAUCUUGGACUCGCUUUUGGAAGAAAUAUGGUCAUCUAAAAGUUUCAAUGUUGGAUCAUUUAAACCCAAGAUCCUUCAAUACAUGCAGCGUCUUGGUCUGCUUGUUGUUGGUGACAACCAACACUAUAUACCAUGCAUGAACAAGUGUACUUUUGAUGCUGCCCAUGAGGACAGUUUUAAAAGGUGGAAAAAUAAAACAUCGGUGCUUGUCCUUAGAUUUCAGUUUCUUCCAUAUUUCAUUUUCUGUCGCCUGGUUGUCGCCUGUAUAACAAGAACAGAUGGGGAAUGGGGAUUUCUUAACGACCAAGGAUUACGUCUGUUUAAAAAUGUCGCUUGCUUCGCUUAUAAAGGACACGGAGUUGCUCUUGCUGUGAACCAUUCAUCAAUACAGGUCCAGGUUUUUAAACCUGGUAACUCAUUUCUAGAAAAGAAAGUUACAUUGGAGGUACGUAGUACCAUAGAAAGGCUACUGAAAGAACUCACAGGAACUUUUCACAAAGAAAUAAUGUACAUUGCAGGAUAUCAAUGUUCCAUGUAUGAAGUGUUUACAGAAUACAAUGGGUGCUUUGUUGAGGAGACAGCAAUUCAAAGGAAGGGUCAAAUGGUUUGUCCUAGACAUGCAUUGUUACAUCAUCAUGUUCUUUGCGAAUCAGAUAUAUUGGGUUACUGGAAGCAGGAUUGUGGAAUUCAGAAUGCAGUAGAGGCUGCUUCACGUCAGGACAACUUUAUUGUUGCUUAUGAAGAAGGACUGCGAAAAUUCAAUUUCAAGACAUUUGAACAUCUGACAAAGGUUGGCCGAGAUGCCCUUCAGAUCUACUUUGAUAAGGAAUUCCCAUUAAGGGACCUCGUCAGUAUGUCUUCGAGACAAGAAAAUUUCAGGAAAGUUUUUCGUCUGAAUGACGGACAAUGUGCUAAGUUAUUUCCAGCUGAUAAGUCUAAUCCUUCCUCAGAAAAGUUUGAUGUGACUAUGAUGUACACAAUGUUACGUAAUCGUUAUCCACGUCUACAAGCCCCGACUAAAGGUUGGGGAAGGACUCCUGAUACAUCCGAUAUAAGACUGACUGAUGACGUAGAAAGGAUCCGGAUUUACAGAAAUGAAAUCGGACAUGCAACGGAAGCAACAAGUAAAUUAGAAAAGAAGGAACUAGAGGAGAAAGCAAGAGAUCUCAUGGAGGCCAUUCUGAGGCUGAGCAACGGAGUGUUGAAACAAGAGAUGAUGAAUGCAUUGGAAGGAAGAACAUAGAAAACAUAGGAACAUAGGAAAGUCACGUGAAUGACAGAAUCUAUGAAAAAAGUCAUCUUGCAAGGAAAACAAGACUUGGUUACCAAGGCUGCAGAAAUUACGUCAAAAAUGAACUCCAGCCUCUUUUAAUAUCAACUAAUAGCAAUUUUGGAGUACUUGUGUGUACAAUCAGAGUGAUCUUUAACAAUUUUAUUUUGUUGAUUAGCAAUCAUAAGAUAGGAAAACAAGGCAAUUUAAAUUUACGAUAUGCAUGCAUUUGAAAGAUGAUGUGAAUUGUCAUGGAAAUCAAAAUUUUUCCUAAAAUGAUGUCAAUUUGAAAUAGAAGUUGAGCAUUUAAAAAAAUAAUGA